AGACGUCAUUUAGGGCGGAAGGGGCGGGGUGGAACUGUGGGCUCGGCCAUGGUCGGCAAGGAGAAGGAGUUAACUAUCCACUUCAGUCCAGGUUGUGUGCAGCUGCUUGAGACCUAACAGGAAGAACAGGACACACAAAAUGCUGGUGGAACACAGCAGGCCAGGCAGCAUCUAUAGGAAGAAGCACUGUCGACGUUUUGGGCCGAGACCCUUCGUCAGGAAGAACGGGAAUUUCCCCUCCGAGGUUCUGUUGGAGGAUGUCUCAGUGCCUGACAGACGGGUACUGGUCACUGGAGCAACAGGACUGCUGGGCCGAGCCGUGUACAAAGAGUUUGCGGAAAAUGGUUGGGAUGCGGUGGGCUGUGGUUACAGGAGAGCUCGACCCCGGUUUGAAAAAGUGAACCUGCUGGAAGCAGGGGAUGUGCGGAGAAUCAUCCAGGAGGUUAAGCCACACGCUGUUGUUCAUUGUGCGGCGGAGCGUAGACCUGAUGUGGUGCAAAAUCGACCUGAUUAUGCCCAGCAGUUGAAUGUGAACAGUUCUGCAUGCAUAGCCAAGGAGUCAGCUGAGAUUGGCGCCUUCAUGAUAUACCUGAGCACAGAUUACAUUUUUGAUGGAACACACCCUCCUUACCGAGAAAGCGACACUCCUAACCCCCUCAACCUGUACGGGAAAAGCAAGCUGGCGGGGGAGAGGCAGGUUUUGCAAAACCACCCUGGUGCUGCAGUGCUCCGCGUUCCUGUCCUUUACGGUCCAAUAGAGGAGCUGGAGGAAAGUGCAGUCUGUGCCAUCUUCAGCAGUGUCCAGUCCCCGGAAAGAUUAGCCAGUGUUGACCACUGGCAGCAGCGGUUCCCCACGCAUGUGGCUGACGUGGCCAGAGUGUGCAGGGAGCUGUCUGAGCGCAGGAUGCAGGACUCUUCAGUUAGUGGAAUCUUCCACUGGUCUGGGAACGAACGAAUGACCAAAUAUGAGAUAGCUUGCACUAUGGCAGAUGUCUUCAGGCUUCCCAGAAAUCACCUGCAACCGGUCACGGAUCCCCCUCCCACCGGUACAUUGCGACCUCACGAUGCCCGCCUGGACUGCUCACGCCUGGAGAGGAUGGGAAUUGGACAGAGGACCCCAUUCCGGCUGGGCCUGAAACGCUGUCUUUGGCCUUUUCUCCGUGACAAGCAAUGGCAGCAGACGGUCUUUCACUGAGAUGGCGAAUUGAGUCAGUGCUGGGGGUGGUGGUAGGAGGGGAGAUUCCAUGCAAAAGCAGUGUUUGGAAGGUUUCGGCGACACUGCCCCCGACCGGAAGCUGACCCUGGGCACUGUGUGCCGUUAUUUGUCUAUACAUUUGGGUUUACCUGCCCAGGUAAAUUCUACAGCAAAUGUGUGCGCUCUACGAAUAGUUCCUGUCCAGCCCUGCUCUGUAAUCGUGUCCGUUUUGCGUGAAAGCUUCCUUUUUGCACAAAAUCUGUCUGAGGUACCCAGCCAGCAUUACAGUUGGAAUCAAACAACCAGCUCUGUGAGGUGGGAAGUGGUUCAGGGUGUUGUGUACGUGGCUAUGGCUGGCUGGCUGGCUUUCUUCUAUCUCUCCCUGUGGGACCACACCCAGCUCACCCUCAGUCCCGGCUGUAUCCUCACCACUGUAGGUACAAACUGUUGCAACUGAUGGGAGGAGUGUCCGAGUGCAUUUGGCUUUCUUUCACUUCCCAAACACAACCCAUCAGCCGAAAGUGCUGAUUGCUCAACAUCGAGACUGUUCAGCUGACGCCUGCUGUCCAAGAGACAGACGAGGAGCAGGUUCAAACCCCUGAAUCCCUGCUAAGUGCAUCACCUUCAGAAACGUGGCUGAUGUGUACCUCAUCCUCUCUCCUGUCUAUUCUCGAAUGUACUCAGUCACUAAACAGUCUCUGGGAUGGCCGCUUUAAAGACUCUGAAUUCUCCCAUUCUCAGCCCAGAGCAACAGUGUAUAUUUCUGGCAGCAUCCUGUCAAAUCCCACACUCCAGUAACUGUAGAUCAUCCUCCUACCCUCCUCGGAACAGCCCCCUUGUCCCUUGUCCCAGACAUCAUGGCCCAGAGUAUACUCUGUCAUCCCCUUCACGGACACAGGAAUUUCAUUUCCUGGAACAUCCCCCUUGUCCUGGACAUCGUGGAACAAUUCCGUCAUUUCAGACAUCAGUCCCAAAGUCCCAUGCCCUGCCCUGUUUUCUCGGAAAUGCACUCUUUCCUCUCCCUUUGCAGACAAAGGAAUUCCAUCAGCCCCAGAGCAUUCUUUGCCUUCCCUGAUUUCUCGGAGUUGCACUUGUUCCUCUCCCCUCGCAGACACAGGAAUUCCAUCAGUCCCGGAGUAUUCUCUGCCCUAUCCUGGUUUCUUGGAGCUGCACUCUGCGCUGGUCCAGUGAAGUCAUGUAUCCCUGCCCUACUCCCUGUCUCCAGCCAAUCUGAUGCACCAUUUCUGACAGUUUGAAACAUAUCUUCUUGUGUUGCUCGUAGUAAACUGCAGGAUUGUGUUUUCCCACCUGUCAGCAUCCAUUCCCAAAUCUUGCUGCAGAGCUCUCUUUCCUGCUACUGAGCAUGGGAAGCACAGAUUUGGUUCACUUCUGAGACGUGACCCCUGAUACUGCUCUUCUCCACACUUCCUACAGGCAGUGAAUUAAAUAAAAACAGUUGUGUUAUUAUA